AUGGCGAACCAAGAGACUCACUAUGGCUUCGACGAAGGCGGAGAUGACGACCAGUCUAUUGUAUCGACGCGCGGACUCGAGGCUUUCAGUCGAAAGGUUACCACUACAGCUACUCAUCUGAUCGGUCCAAAUGCUGAAGCCACGGCUCAUCACUACCAAGCCGCCAUGGCCGAGGUUCACAAGCAAAUGAAGCGGCCGACCGUCCAGCGAAGCAUGUUCGCGAUGGCGAGAACGACCCCCACCGACCUCAUGCGCUCCAGGCUCUCGACGCACGAAAUUCAGCAUCGCGCCUUGACGUACUUGCCCGAUGAGCUCCUCGCCAACAUUCCCGAACACGAGAACCCUUACUCGUUAUUUCAGGGCUUCCAGGCCAGUUUUCCAGAGCUGACUGACGAAGGCAAGAAGUUCCAACGACGGGUGUCUCGGGGUCGCAAAAUGCUGGAGGAUUCAGAGGGGACGCCAGGAAGCCCUAAAAAGCUGACGCAGUUGAAAAAAGAGAAGGCCGCGAUGAUGCAUGAAUUUGGAUUGUUGGGCACUCGUAAGAGUAUGGCGAGUUAUGAGAUUCGAGAAAUCGAUAACAAAAUCGCCAACCUCCACGGCAUGCGAAGAAUCAUCUUGGACAGGCUAGCGGGAUUGGAGCAGGAUGAAGCCAUGCUGGAGCAUGACAUCUCUGAGAUGGAAAUUCGAGUUGACGAGGCCCAAGCACUGGUUGAUGAAGCCGAGGAGAUCGCACGAAACACACGGACUCAGGACGAGCAAGAUCUAGUUGGUGACGCCGAUGAUCAUGAUCAAGAGUUCAUGUCUCAGUCUGUGUACGAAAAGAUCCCCGCCUCGGAAGCAAGCAGCACGCCCCGAAAGACGAAAAAGGUUCAUCGCAAGAAGUCAAUGCCCAUACUUCAUGAGCAUUUCGAGCCCGGUACCGCUAUUCGCGAACUCCGAGCACACAAGGACACGAUUACGGCUAUUGAUUUUGACGCUCCAUUUGGCACUAUGGUUACUGCUGCUCUCGAUGAUACAGUUCGAGUUUGGGAUCUUAAUGCUGGUAGAUGUAUGGGUUAUAUGGAAGGUCACACUGCAUCGGUACGUGCGUUGCAAGUUGAGGAUAACAUCCUUGCAACCGGCUCCGUGGACGCGACCAUCCGACUUUGGGAUCUCAGUAAAGCGCACUAUGACCCUCAUGGUGGUCUUGGAAAGGACGAUGAUGAGGAUGCCAUUGCGUUUGGAACAGAUAACCACCUUGAACCCCCACCCGGCAGUAUGGCCGAUUGCCCUCUAUACACGUUGGAAUCUCAUGUUGACGAAAUCACGGCUCUUCACUUCAGAGGUGAUGUCAUGGUUUCCGGUUCUGCAGAUAAGACGAUUCGCCAUUGGGAUCUUGAAAAGGGCCGUUGCGUGCAAACACUAGAUGUUAUGUGGGCGGCGGCAGCGAGUAUGACAACGACGGACAGCACAUGGCGACCUACCGGGCGAUCUCAAAGUAGCUCUGCCGACUUUGUUGGCGCUCUGCAGGUCUUUGAGACCGCCCUUGCGUGCGGUACUGCAGACGGCAUGGUGCGUCUGUGGGAUCUUCGAAGCGGACAGGUCCAUCGCAGCCUGGUCGGUCAUACCGGUGCAGUAACAUGUCUUCAAUUCGAUGACGUGCAUCUGGUAACAGGAAGUGUGGACAGAAGCAUCAGAAUUUGGGAUCUUCGAACAGGAUCUAUUUACGACGCAUAUGCAUACGACAACCCCAUCACAGAUAUGAUGUUUGAUGCCCGACGAAUCGUCAGCGCAGCGGGCGAGGACGUAGUCAAGGUGUACGAUAAGGUCGAAGGACGGCAAUGGGAAUGCGGCGCUGGCAUCACCGCAGCCGAAGAAGGCAAGACUCCAGCUAUCGUGGAGCGUGUACGUGUUAGAGAUGGAUAUCUUGUUGAAGGCAGACGAGACGGUAUCGUUGCUUCUGGUCCAAACAUGGCGUCGGCAGAAUAUGAACCAGUUCUUGCCAAAUAUCUCGAGAAAGCACAAGCACUGAUCGAGGAUGCGAAGACCAAACACACCCGAGAUUCAAAGGUUGGGGGCAUACACGACGAGACUGAGGGAGAGACUAUAGAACACACUCCAGGGAACGAGGAAGAUGGAAACGACAACCUUGACCAUAUGGCAAAUGCCAUGACACAACUCCUUGCUAGGCAGGCCCACACAAUUAUCGCUGUUCAUAAACAACUGAUCUCGAAUGACGAUUCACUUAGAUUUGAUGAGGGACUACUUCAGAAAAGGAUAGCAGACUUGAUAUCUAUCUCGUCAUCCAAAUUCUACGCCUACCGCUACGAUCUUCUCCCUGUCAUAUGGCGUCAGAUAUAUACUGACGCAUGCAUACUUGACUCGUUUCAGGUCCUCCUAGGUUCUCUUACCGUUGACAAAUACCUCUCAGAAACGGUCUUGGAUACGAUUGUUGAGAAGCUCGAUAGGGCGCUUAUCACGGCUGGGGGUGGAGGACAACAAGGAUGGCUCGAAGAGACAUUGCGGUUGCUCGAGGAGGCUUGGUCAGCGAGCGAAGAGAGCAACAGGCCAGCGAAACGCCAGAGGCAUGAGGGAUUACCUCAACGGAAUUUUUCGAGUCAUGAACCUCAUGGCCGCCCAGCUCUCUCACCCACGAGGGAGUGUUCGCGGUACUCGGGCUGGACAAUGCCACAAUUUGAAGAUUAUAUGAACAGCAACGAGGGUGAGCCUCGCCCAAUUGUCUUCAAAGACCUGAUCCAAGGCUGGCCUGCUCUCACAGAUCGACCAUGGAAAAGCCCCGAGUAUCUCCUCUCAAAGACUUUCGGGGGAAGACGCCUGGUACCAGUCGAGCUUGGAAGAAGCUACGUCGACGAUGGUUGGGGACAAGAGUUGAUAUCGUUUCGCGAAUUCCUCAGCCGAUAUGUCGAACAAGAUUAUUCUGUUUCGAAAAAAAUUGGUUAUCUCGCUCAACACAACCUCUUCCAACAAAUUCCUUCUCUACGCAACGAUAUCUGCAUUCCAGACUUCUGUUGGGCUGAUGUCCCACCUCAUCCCACAACCCCAUCUCUGAACCAACCACCCGUCGACGUGCCCCAGCUCAACGCUUGGUUCGGCCCAGCCCGCACCAUCACACCUCUUCAUACGGAUGGCUAUCAUAACUCGCUCUGUCAGGUUGUUGGCACCAAGUACGUCCGUCUAUACCCACCAAGUGCCACACCUGCUAUGCGACCCAGAGCACCCGAGCAUGGUGUCGAUAUGAGUAACACGAGUGAGCUGGACUUGGGCGUACUGGAAGGGUGGGAUGAGAAGCCUGAUGAUAUGGAAGAGGGGGAUAUAGCAUCCACAAAGGGUGAGCUUGAAGGUGUCGAGUAUUGGGAAUGUAUACUGGAGCCAGGAGACACACUGGUGAUUCCUAUCGGUUGGUGGCACUACGUGAGGAGUUUAAGUGUGAGCUUCAGUCACUAG